AUGUGCGUUAAUCGCGCCAUUAAUGAGCUACAGGCUGCACAGGGUACGACAACUACCGGCCGCAUUGUCAACAAGAUAUGUACACGUCUCGCCAACGAUAGGGCGACGACGCGUACGGAGCAAUUGAUCUGGCUCGCCAAGCAUACCCUUGAGACAUCAGCAGCAUUUAACCAAGACACCAAUCGCAGUGAUGAUUCUAUAUCUCACAAGCGAAGAGAAAAGGGCGGAGAUGGACAGGAGGCAGCCGCUUCUGAGGCGAAGGCCAAACCAUUGCAGGAAGGCGUUUCCGUGUGGCCAUCUAUGUGGUAG